AUGACGAAACUUUCUCGGCUAAUAACGACCGAAGCAUAUGGGGAUCUAAUAACAACUCUUCUAUUUGUUCUUGGCCAUUUUUGGUAUUUGUUCUUCUGCAACUAUGUCGGACAAGAGGUGAUCGAUCAUAGCAGCGAUAUUUUUUAUAAAACAUACAACAUACAAUGGUACAUGGCGCCAUUGAAAGUGCAAUAUUUAUUAUUGUUUGUAAUGCGAAGAAGCAUGAGAUGUUGCACACUCAUGAUUGGCGGCUUGUUCAUUCCAUCGUUAGAAGGAUUCGCCACGCUUAUAAGCAUGUCACUUUCGUAUUUUAUGGUAAUUUAUUCCAUUCAGUGA